AUGGUACAAUUCUCCAAUCUAGAGGGGAACAAGGAGGAAACAGAGAAGGAGAAUAAAGAAUUCAAUGGCGCAAGUUCCAAACGCAAAUUGGAAAAUCCUGGGGAAGGCGGGGAAAUAAGCAAGAAGAAGAAGAAGAAGUCAAAGGCCAAUGGUCAUGGACAUAGAAGACACAGCGUCAGCACCAAACCUGCCCGAGAUCCAAGAGAUGAGGCCGUUACAGAUACUCCAGAAGAAACUCCAAUUGAAGUUUCGAGAAGUCCAAGUCCAGUCAUCGAUUUUGAUGGCUUGAGCCGUCCGAGUAAAGGCGCACGAGAACGUCUUGAUGAAUCCCCAGAACAAGCAGCCAUUCGAAUGACAAAAUUGACCGGCGCAGUUCGCACAAUUCUCGAAUGCAUUGGUGAAGAUCCGGAUCGGGAAGGUCUUUUGGCCACACCAGAACGUUAUGCGAAAGCAAUGCUGUAUCUCACAAAAGGAUAUCAAGAAAAUGUUAGGGAUAUUGUCAAUGAUGCAAUUUUCCACGAGGAUCAUAAUGAAUUGGUCAUUGUUAAAGAUAUCGAGGUCUUCAGUAUGUGCGAACAUCACAUGGUUCCAUUUACAGGAAAGAUGCACAUUGGCUAUAUUCCGGAUCGAAAUGUUAUCGGUAUCUCGAAGUUGCCCCGAAUUGCAGACAUGUUCUCACGCAGACUACAAAUCCAAGAGAGACUUACAAAAGACGUUGCGCAUGCUGUGAUGGAAAUUCUCAAACCACAAGGUGUGGCAGUUGUUAUGGAAUCGAGCCAUUUGUGUAUGGUUAUGCGCGGAGUUGAGAAAACGAGUGCUUCGACCAUUACAAGUUGUGUUUUGGGCUGCAUAGAGAAGAGAGAGAAGACUAGAAAUGAGUUUUUCAGUUUGGUGGGUUUGAAUAGACGAUAG